AUGAGCACAAGAAAUGGGAUCAGAAGCUCAGUCUCCAGUCCCUCCAACUUUAAGAAGUUGACUAACUCGAAUGAGAGUGUUUUGAAGAUAUGGGUCAAGCUGGAAGCUUCGAAAUUGGCUCCAAAUCUGACAAACCAGGCAACGGCAAUCGAGUACAGUAAAAACGAUACAGUGGACGAUUUAAAGGACCGUAUUUUUGCCAAAUUCAAAAACACACGAUGGGCGUUCGAAAACGAUAGUUUUAGCAUUGGAAUUGGCGUUUUAUGUCAGUGCGAUCUCGAAAACAGUGGGGCAUAUAUGCAACAGCAACCUUUUCUUGCACACGAUACACCCACCAAAGGUCUCCGAUUGGAGGCCAAUACGGACCAGCUACUACACCCGGUACCGACAAGUUCAGCAAGCUACAACGUCCGAGCCCCUAUGGCACCAAAUGCCCCUAAACCCUGGCAUGCUUCGAGGUCGUGCAGUCCCCGUGCGGCAACUUUGGAUUCGCCUCUGUCAGCCCAGGGAAGCACUGCACAGAAUCUCGUGCCGAACCUGACGCCUGUAGCUCAACUGAGGCUUGCUAACAAUCACUCAGCAGCUUCAGCCAGGGACUCUUGCUCGUUAUCUCCUGUGAAACGUGGUUUGGCCAAGAGACUAUCACCCGCUAUAGAAUCUGUCUCUGCUUCUGGACUUACACCGAAACCUGAUGAUUUUCCUCGUUCGCUACCUCACCAGUCGCUGCUGCAGCCUGACGAAUUGAUAAUCGAUGUUUGCACAACUCUUUUUGGUGGAACCACGAAUCAGAAACCAACAGAUGCUUUGCUGAUAUUUUCCAGCUCCAAUAAUGAACCUGUUUUCAAUGACAUAAACGAUGAAGUAGAUCAGCAAGAACCCAUAAUGGAAGAUAUGACAGAUUAUCAAUUGAUAGUGGAUGAGGAGGAACUGCGGAAAUUGAGUUUGACUAAUGACGAAGAAAAUACGGACCAGAAACAAGCCAUUCUGUUGCUACCGCGUGGCUAUGAAGGUGACGUCAAUCUGCCUUCGCCGAAUGUGACGUCUCCAUCUUCAACGGUCGAUACACACGCGACUUUUACGUUUGACACGCAGGCUCCGAAAAACGGCCCGCUAGUAGAAGAAGAGGUCGGGCUGGUACCGUCUCUCGACCCUGUAGUGCAAAAAGAGGGGUCUCCAUUUCUGCGUACCGUACUGGAGACGGUCACCACAGAAUCUGCCACCAUAGACAAGGUGUUCGCGAAAAUCAAUAUUCUGGUUGUGGAAGACAACAUGAUCAAUCAAGCCAUUUUAUCCUCCUUCUUGCGUAAACACAAGAUUUCCUAUAAGACCGCCAAAAAUGGUGUCGAAGCGGUAGAAAAAUGGGAAGAGGGGGGGAUACACUUGAUAUUAAUGGAUUUGGGGCUCCCUGUGCUGUCCGGGAUAGACGCGGCCAAGCAGAUAAGAAAGCUGGAAAAGUUACACGGUAUUGGAACGCAAAACCAGAUUUCAAAGCGCAGUCAGAAUUUCACUUCGACGCCUGACAGCAACAAACUGGAACCCCGAAGAAGCCAUCGAUCAAAGGCUCCCGUGAUAGUGGUUGCACUGACCGCUUCAAAUUCUAAUUCCGACAAGACAGAAGCACUUCUCGCCGGUUGCAAUGACUAUCUAACCAAGCCGGUGAACCUUGAUUGGCUUGCGCGCAAGAUUACCGAAUGGGGGUGCAUGCAAGCUCUCAUAGACUUCAACGACUGGAAAGAGGGAAACGAAAACGUAAUAUCUGGCAAUGACAGCAAAAGUCAUCGGCCUUCAAAACUCUCAAGUCAGAUAAAACGAUCUAGCGUAGAUGAAAGUUGA